AUGUCGAGUCAACUGCUGAUCGCUGCUCGUCCAUAUUUACAGCUCUGUUCGGUGCUUACGUUGACCUUGCCACCCAAUUUCCACACCUUGUCGGAGCAGAGGCGACGCCGGCUCCUCUCCAUAUUUGCUUGCUAUACGCUCCUCAUUCUGGCAAUCGGUGGUUAUGUUACGUAUAUCAACAUAUUGGGAGUGUACUUUGAGAUCAAGUUAUAUAAACUGGAGGAAUUUACCAAUGUGCUCGGAGUGAUGCAUUCGAUAUUUUAUACAAUACUGUUGGCAGCCAUUCAUCUGAAUAUGUUGCUGCAAUAUCGACGACUUGGUUCACUGUAUGUGGAUAUUGCCCAAGUUGAGAGAGACAUUUUCAAGGCGACUCAACCUUAUAAGGACUUCACAAGUGUUUUGAGUUUCCGAUGGCGCCUAGCAUUGAAUUCUGGACUGCUCAUGGUAUUUCUGGUCGUCACUUAUUCCUACAUUUUGGUUCCCCUUCUUGCAAAAUCUUUCACUUUGCACGAACAAAUCUUAACCGUAUUCAUUCUGGGGCUACUCCAGCUCAAAUGUGUGGAAUACUGCGUGUUUGUUCAAUUAAUCCAAGAGCUUAUACUCUCCCUUAAGCGGCAGCUACAGCAACUUCAAAGGGAGAUGGAGGAUUGCGGAGAAAACGACGCCUUGUUGCAGGCUCUUUGCAGCGCCUUACGUCUGAAUCAGCUACUAUUAUUGCGUGUGUGGGCCUUGGUGGGCGAACUGGAGGCCUACUUUAUGUUGCCCAUGGUUCUUCUCUUCUUCAGUAAUGGUGCGACCAUAUUUUACACAGUCAACUGGGUGUACAUACAGUCGCCUAAUCCUAACGACUGCUGUCGUUACUGGCGCCCCUGCAUUAUUUUGGUAUUGUUGGUCAAUCUCUUCGUACCCUGCUGGCUAACCCAGUGCUGCAUCAAUUCGUACAACAGCUUUAGCAACAUGUUGCAUAGUGUGGAACAUGGAAAUUCACGAAUGUUGAUCAUGCGUCUGAGGGAAUACGCGUUGCAGCUGCAACACCUCAAGUUGCUUUUCACCUGUGGUGGAUUAUUUGAUAUAAACCUAAAGUUUUUUGCGGGUCUGAUUGCCACCAUUUCCACCUAUGUAAUCAUUCUGAUUCAAUUUAAAAUGCAAGCAGAUAUUGAAGCUAAACAAGCAACCAACAAUGCGGCGAACAGCCAUGUACCGUUUCUGCCGUUCCGUUAG